AUCUGAGGGCGCUCCUAGCCCCAGUUCACAAGGGUAAGCAGAAAUCACCUCUACUGGUUGCAUAGCCGUCCCAUGGCAUGCCCCUCAGCUCUGAGCCGCCCUACCCACUGUCCCCCUUGGAGGAAGACAUGACUGUUGGGCCAGCAGCAUCUGGCACAUCUGGAGCUGGCCUCUGACUCUCCCACAGCCCAGCAGGGGCCCUUGGUUGGAACUACCUAGUGUCCAGAAUAGCCCCGGGAAGGCUUUGUGUCACUCAGCACUUUUGAUCUAUUUCUGGAGCGUGAAUUAGAAAUACAGUCACCACUCUCAAGGAGGGGGAACCCAAUCCUUGAACAGAGGAGUGGAGGGAGCAUUCCAGACCGAGGCAUCACACGCCAAGGCGUGAAAGUGAACGUGGCAGUGCAGCUGAGUGGAGCGUGAGCUGGCUGGGUUAGAUGAGGUGUGUGCCCUAGCAGUAGCUCCCAUGGUGACCAUGUGCCUCUUGUGAACCAAGCCUGGGACUAGAAAGGAGGCGUAUCCUGCUAGUGUAGUUUUUAAGCUACCCUGCAGCUAUCAUUAAAAAAAAAAAAAACCGUUGCCAUGGAGCCCAUUGCAACUUAUAGUGACCCCACAGGACACGGCAGAACUGCUCCAUAGGGUUUCCAAUGCUGUAAUCUUUACAGACACAGACUGCCACAUCUUUCUCCCACAGAGCACUGGUGGGUUUGAACUGCCCUAUCACAACUCAAUGCUGUUGAGUUGAUUCCGACUCAUAUCGACCCUGUAGGACAGAGCAGAACUGCCCCAUAGGGUUUCCAAGGAGCAGCUGGUGGAUUCUCACUGCCAACCACUUGGUUAGCAGCCAAGCUCUUAACUGUUGCGCCAUCAGGGCUCUGUGCUAUCACAGGGGAGGGAAAAAGAGGCGGCUACUUGGCCUCACCGCCCUUCUCCUUCUCUAGGUUAUGCCCAUUAACCUAGAAUGCCCAAUAAAGUUUUUCCUUGAGAUGUUUCCUCCUGUUAAAAAUGCGGAACAUGAGGCCCAGGCCCCAAUCUAUGGAAUCAGAAUCUCUAAAGGUGGGGCUUUGGGAGAUUAAGCGUGCUACUUCUGAAAAACUAAUACCCACAUCUUGAUAACUCCUGUCUGGAAAGCCUGUUAAAAUGUAACUUAUGUGGAGGAGGGAAAAUAGCAGGAGUGUGGAAGCCAGGCUGGAGAGUCCAGAGUGCAGGAGGUUAAGGAAUGGCAGCUGCAGAAGAAGGGGUGAGGGACCCUGAGCUGAGGGAGAAGGGGGAGGACACAGGGAACCCUGGGGUGAAGUGCCUGCGUGGAAACUGAGCCCUGAGGACCCCAAGCAAGGGAGACCCGUGCGCUGCCUUUCAUCUCCCUAGGGUGAGGAAUGCACGCGGUGAGCCUCUGCUCACCUGUGUGACUGGGCAAGUCUCUUCAUCUGGACCUCGAUUUCCCCUUCAUGAGAAUACCAAUGUGGGGCGAGGGAGUAACCAAAGCCAGGCCUUAUUUGAGUUUGUAUGCAUGUGGCCAGGGGAAGGGAGCCAAAACUACUCCUAAAUAGGAAAAGGUGAAUUUGAGGGGAUUGACUUAGAUAAAUAUUGGUCUUACUUACUUUAGAUAUACAGCCCCAACCUAUUGCCAGGGUGCUUCCUUAAAUAUAUUUUAUAUUUGCUCCUGUUGUUUACCCUAUACACAGAAUUUCUCAAACCUUUAUUGGUCACGACCCAGAGUUGAAAAAAAUAUUUUCCAAAUUUUUCAUAUGCACUUGUAUAACUGAAAUGAAAAUUUCAUGAAACAAUACCCACCUCAAUCCACUCUGGUAUUUUCUUUUCAAUUUUCAUCCACUUCACACUUUAAAAAUCUUGGUCACAAUCCACUACACGAAUUUCACAGCCCUCUAAUGGGUCACAACUCAGACUUCUAAAAACACCGUCAGGUGUAAACUUUACAAAGCUGUUCUGUACCCAUUAUCUUAUCUGGGCUUCUCACUGCCCUGGGUGACUGGUGUAUGCGCCCCAUUUUACUGAGGAGGUAAAGAGUUCGAAGAGGUAAACUGAAUUGUCCAAGGUCACACGCUAGCAACCAGCGCCCUUGAAAGCUGGCUGAGGUUCUGCAAAACAAGCUUUUCCCAGGUGACAAACACCAAGACCUGACCUCUGGCCAUUCCCAGGAACCGGAAGACACCCAGGAGGGGCUCAAGGUCCCCUAGGAAGGAAGAGGAAUAAGGGAAGAGGAGUCAGUACAAAAUAGCUCAGAAGCUCUGGCCAACCAAAGUUGGCUUUAUGCAGAUCCACUGUCUUUAAGGGAUUGGCCCCAAGGGGGCUCCCCAACCCUCAUCCCUACCCCAGGCCAGCUUCCUGGAUCAGGCCCUGCCCAGAUCAGGUCUCUCCCCUGAGCAGUCCAUCCCUACUUACCACUGUGGGUGUGGUUCCUGAGGCUGAGGAGCUGGAGCUGCUUUCUCCCAGUCACCGGGAACAGGUCAUUUCCUCCCUGGAAUCUGAGCUAAGGGGGCUCCUGGCAGCCUGUCCUACCAGCUUCUCAACAUGGCUUGCAAGGAGGGACUCCGGGCCUGGAAGAGAAUCUUCUGGCAGCUGAUCUUACUUGCACUUGGCUUCCUAGGCCUGCUCCUGUAUUGGAUCCCUGUAGUCAGGUACCUGGAAGUCUUCAUCCCCAUGGGUGUCUGCCCUUCAGCCAGAAUGCCGCUGCUGAGUGACAACUUCACGGGUUUCCUGCGCCCCUGGGCCCGGCCUGAAGUCCUGACCUGCACCUCCUGGGGGGCCCCCAUUAUUUGGGAUGGCACCUUUGACCCAGAUGUGGCCCAGCAAAAAGUUAGACAACAAAACCUCACCAUUGGGCUGACUGUCUUUGCUGUAGGCAGGUAUCUGGAGAAGUACCUGGCGCGCUUUCUGGAGACAGCUGAGCAGCAUUUCAUGGUGGGUCAGCGCGUGGUGUACUACGUCUUUACCGAGCGCCCGGCCGCCGUGCCACACAUGGCGCUAGGUCAGGGCCGCCGGCUGCGUGUGGAGUACGUAGCCCGCGAACGGCGCUGGCAAGACGUGUCAAUGGAGCGCAUGCGCACGCUGCACGAGGCGCUGGGCGGGCGGCUGGGCCGCGAGGCGCACUUCGUGAUCUGCAUGGACGUGGACCAGCACUUCAGUGGCGCCUUUGGGCCUGAGGUGCUGGCCGAGUCGGUGGCGCAGCUGCACGCCUGGCACUACCACUGGCCACGGUGGCUGCUGCCCUUUGAGCGCGACGCGCGCUCGGCCGCUGCGCUGGGGCCUGGCGAGGGCGACUUCUACUACCACGCGGCGGUGUUUGGGGGCAGCGUGGCGGCGGUGCGCAAGCUGACUGCGCACUGCGCACAGGCCAUGCUGCGGGACCGCGCGCGCGGCGUGGAGGCGCGCUGGCACGACGAGAGCCACCUCAACAAGUUCUUCUGGCUGCACAAGCCCGCGAAGGUGCUGUCGCCCGAGUUCUGCUGGAGCCCGGAAAUCGGCUCGCGGGCCGAGAUCCGCCGCCCGCGCCUGCUCUGGGCGCCCAAGGAGUACGCCGUGGUGCGCGACUAG